AUGGAGCAGCAACAGUUGAUCGCCAGCGUCCACCCGGUGCAUACACAGCUACAAGAACCCCAAUCCUUCCAAGGACCACACCGAGCUCACCCAAAAGUUUUCAGAAUGCACUCCGUAACCAUUCUCGCCAUCUUCGCCGCCUCCUUGGCCUGCUGUGCCGGCGAUGUGGCGCACUUGUCGCGCAGCUAUCUGCCUCCCUUGAGCGGCGGCUACUCCUCCGGAUAUUCCUCGUAUCCGUCGUACUCGAGCGGAUCCGGCUACUACUCGGGCGGCGGCAGCUACGCCUCGCCGCUCAUCUCGUCCAGCUACAAGAACUAUGCGGUGCCGCAGUACACCACCUACGCCACGCCCUCGCGCACCUACUUGCCGGCGGAUGCGGGCUACACCGGCUACUCCGGCUACUCGGGCUACUCCGGCUACAAUGGCCUGGACACCAAGUACGGCAGCAAUGGCGGCUACGUCUACUAG